AUGUCUAUCAACUUUGUUCAGCCUCAAGUACCCCAGUUAGCAAAAGACCAAUAUGAAGAAUGGUGUAUUAAGAUGAAAGCAUUAUUUGGUUCCCAAGAUUUGUGGGAAAUCGUUAGCGAUGGUUUCGAAGAACCAUCAGAUAGUGAAAAGGCUUUAUAUACGCCACAACAGAAGAUUGAGUUGAAAGAAAUUCAUAAAAAAGAUCAAAGGGCGUUAUUUUUAAUAUACGCUAGGAUGGACAAAGAGACAUUCACAAAAAUAUCAAGUGCAACAUCAAGCAAAGAAGCAUGGAAUUCUGUUGUGACAAUAUUUAAAGGGGUUGAGCGUGUACGUAAAAUUUGUUUGCAAACAUUACGAGGAGAAUUUGAGGAAAUCAAGAUGACUGAGAAUGAGUCGAUUUCAGUUUAUUUUAGUCGCCUCCUAUCAAAUGUUAAUCAACAAAAACAGAAUGGAGAAAAGAUUGAAGAUUACAAAGUCGUUGAGAAAGUGCUCCGAUCAUGCAAUAAGAAAUUUAAUCAUGUAUUACCUGCAAUAGAAGAAUCUAAAGACACUGACAAAUUAUCAGUAGAAGAGCUUCUUGGAUCGCUCCAAGUUCAUGAGCAAAGAAUUUUGAAACAGAAUGAUGGGCCUAUUAUGCUAGAGCAGGCACUUGAAUCAAAAUUAACUCUAGAAAAACAAAACGGUAACCAACAAAGAGGUGGUUUUCGUGGACGUGGUAGAGGUCGGAGUAAUUAUCGACCUCGUAAUCAAAACAAUUAG